AGCGAUACUGAGCAGCAUGGAGUUAUUCGUGAGGGGCACAAGACCGUUGCUGAAAGGAAUCCGUGCACUGACACAGCUCAGGAAUGUACAUUGUAGCCCUCCAAUACUUUCUCCUCUCAUCCCUAUUGUUGUGGAGCAAACGGGCCGCGGUGAGAGAGCAUAUGAUAUAUACUCCAGGCUACUUCGAGAGCGAAUCAUCUGCGUAAUGGGGCCUAUUGACGACUCCCUUUCCAGCGUGGUGGUUGCACAGCUCCUGUUCCUGCAGUCAGAGAGUAACAAGAAACCUAUACACAUGUACAUCAAUAGCCCAGGGGGCUCUGUUACAGCCGGCUUAGCUAUUUAUGACACAAUGCAGUACAUUCUGAAUCCCAUUUGUACAUGGUGUGUGGGACAAGCAGCGAGCAUGGGGUCCUUACUUCUGGCUGCUGGAUCCAGCGGGAUGAGACACUCUCUACCAAACUCCAGGAUCAUGAUCCACCAGCCCUCUGGGGGAGCCAGGGGUCAGGCCACAGACAUUGCUAUCCAAGCAGAAGAAAUCCUGAAGCUAAAGAAGCAGAUUAAUGAAAUUUAUGCAAAACACACCCGUCAGCCGCUCUCUGUUAUUGAGUCAGUAAUGGAGAGGGAUCGAUACAUGAGCCCUACGGAAGCCCAGGAAUUUGGGAUUUUGGACAAGGUAUUGGUGCACCCCCCUCAAGAUGGUGAGGAUGAACCAGAACUGGUCAGAAAGAAGGAGAACCAGACACCCCCAUCUGAGCCCUAGCAGAAAGGGAACCAGCCUAUAGUCUGUUUUCAUCAAUACUUGUAUGGAAGGGCAAUGCCCUAUGCAAUGUAUCACAUCUAGUCCUGGAGCCAGGGGGGGUUAAAUUUGCAGUAGUCUGUCCCUUUUAAUUUCAGGAAAUCGCCCAAAGGAUUGUGACUUUGAAAACAGUUUAAAUUCGGAGCAAGGUCAAAUAAGUGCGAUUAUUGUUCUUUUUGGGCCUACAUACGACGUGCCAAUCUGAGAAGGACUAGAUCCCACUGCUGCCUCCUGGUGGUAGAGAAUAUGUCAAACCAGAAUCCUGUAUCUAGAAUUGUAUCAGGAAGGUAUUAAAGUGAAUAUUCAUCUUUAA